AUGAAGUGUGGCUGCUUAAACAGGACCCAACAGAUCAGACUGGCUGUUAUUAAAAAGAAAUAUGGCCAAGAUGCCACCAAUGUAGGGGAUGAGGGUGGCUUUGCUCCUAACAUUCAGGAGAACGAGGAGGGUCUUCAGCUGCUCAAGACAGCCAUUGAAAAAGCAGGUUACACCAAAGAAGUUGUCAUCGGAAUGGACGUCGCUGCAUCUAAGUUUUAUGGAUCAGACAAGACUUACGACUUGAACUUCAAAGAAGAGGCAAGUUCUUACUCUUUAACAAUAAUGGCACUCGAACUUCGAAGGACAGAUUCGCCUGAAGCACAACUGCUUUCGUGCUUCUCCGCUUUUGCUUUCCUGUCGAAGGCUGCCUUUUUUCCCCCUUCCUUCGUUUGCCAAGUGAAGGGAAGAUCCGCCUGA